CGAAUUUCAUCCAUAAUCCAGUGUUUAGAUUUUUCUGUCGAUCCACGAUGUCAUCAAUACUACAGUCAAAAUGGACUCCGCGGAUUAUCAUUUCCUUCGGGCUCCACCUGGCAUACGGCACCCUCCUACACACGACCGUCUCCCUCCAUGAGCCCAUGUCCUUCACAGCACAAUCAGCUCUACCCUCUCCCUAUGUGUCCUCAUCGCUUACAACCACACACAGAUCCACCUUCUACGAAGUCGCCGCCAAACACAACACCGACAAAGUCACCGCCGACCACUUCGAAUUCAUGUACCAAAAGCAUCUCCCCGCCCUCCACUCCCGCCUCCGCCACUGCCGUCGCAUCAAGAUGCUCGAGAUCAGUCUCGGCUGCGGCAUGGACUGCGGGCCCGGCGCCUCCUACCACACGUGGCUAGACUACUUCGGUGGCCCGCAGCAUGUUGACCUGUACUAUCUCGGAUACGACGCGGCGUGCGCGGAGAAAUGGGCGCACGAGAUCACGGGCGCGACCAUCUUCACGGGCGACCAUGCGGACGUGAGCGUGCUGAAUAAGAUGGUCCAAGAGAGCGGCGGGGCGUUCGAUGUGAUUGUGGACGACGGUGGGCAUGCGAUGGCUCAGCAGAUCACGAGUUUGGGGUUGCUGUAGGAUGCGGCGAG